AUGAGUUCCCACCAGCAGAAGCAGCCCUGCACAGGACCUCCUCAGCUGCAUGAGCAGCAAGUGAAAGAGCCUUGCCAACCACCACCGCAGGAGCCAUGUGUCUCCCAAAUCAAGGAGCCCUGUGACAUCAAGGUUCCUGAGCCCAGUCACCCCAAAGCUCCUGAGCCCUGCCAUCCCAAGCUUCCUGAGCCUUGCCACCCCAAGGCUCCUGAGCCCUGCCACCCCAAGGCUCCUGAGCCCUGCCACCCCAAGGCUCCUGAGCCCUGCCACCCCAAGGCUCCUGAGCCCUGCCACCCCAAGGCUCCUGAACCCUGUCCUUCCACUGUCACUCCAGUACUAGCCCAGCAGAAGACAAAGCAAAAGUAA